AAAUCAACCAGAAAAUUCAUGGCAGAAUCACAGUAGAAGAUUUUCAGAGACGAAGAUUCUCGGAAAGCUACUCCAUCCAUUGCGUUUGAACCCUUCUUAUAAAGAAAUUGAACAUUGGACGAACACCAACAAAAACCCUCAUCGAGUCCUCGUUCAAAGAAUCAACCCCCAACGGAUGACGAUCGCCCGGAUGUAGAACCCUUUCUGAAAAAAUGUGACGACGAAUUUAUUCUCUUUCUCCAAUCCCAUUCAACCCUUUUUCGAAAGGUCAGAAAUCGGGUAAAGGAGUGGUUCAGACUUCAGACCUUUUCUACUUUUUUUUUUUAACCUACAUUCCUCUCUGUCCUCUAUAAAUUCUCUGGGAAACUUUCAUUUUCAGUGCGUUUCAUCUCCCUUUCUAAAGCUUGAUUUGCCUACCCAUUUCCUAUUUGGCCAUGGCGAUAGCUUAUCCGCGUUUCGUCUGCUCCGAUAAUUCUACCAUUGAAGAAGCUAUCAAGCCUUCCUCCUCAUCGUCUUCGUCGAUUCCUUCUCCUCCUCCACCUCCUGUGUUUUUGACUCAAGACGAGUUGAAACAAAUUGCUGCCUAUAAAGCCGUUGAGUUUGUCGAGUCAGGGAUGGUUUUGGGGCUCGGAACUGGCUCGACGGCAAAGUAUGCGGUGGAGAGAAUAGGGGAGCUAUUGCAUCAGGGGAAGCUCAAGAACAUUAUCGGAAUACCCACUUCGAAGAUGACUCAGGAACAGGCGUUGUCGUUGGGAAUUCCUCUUUCGGAUCUUAAUCAGCACCCGGUGGUUGAUCUUGCGAUCGAUGGUGCCGAUGAGGUUGAUCCUUAUCUCAAUCUCGUUAAGGGUCGAGGUGGGUCUCUUCUCAGGGAGAAAAUGAUCGAAGUUGCGUGCAGGAAGUUUGUAGUUAUUGUCGAUGAGUCGAAGCUUGUUCCUUAUUUAGGUGGUAGUCGCCUCGCCAUGCCGGUGGAGAUUAUCCCGUUUUGCUGGAAGUUUACGGCCGAGCGGUUGCAGAGGUUGUUUGAAGACUCUGGUUGUGUUGCAAAGCUCAGAACUUGCAAGGAUAAUGAUGAGCCGUUCGUGACGGAUAAUGUCAAUUAUAUUGUGGACUUGUAUUUUGAGAAGGAUAUUGGGGAUCUAAAUGUUGCUAGUGAUUCUAUUUUGCGACUUGCAGGCGUCGUUGAGCAUGGGAUGUUUCUCAACAUGGCCACCACUGUCAUUGUUGCUGGUGAGCUUGGAGUCACAGUGAAGAACAAAUAGGCUUGGAAGAUGAUUAAUCUCACUGUAGUUUUACUGAUAAGGCUUUAGAUAGUGUCUAACUUAUAUAUUGUUGGCCAAUUAAUCAUUUUUGCUUGCUGUUGGUCCUGAAAAAUUGUCAUAGCCAACAGUACUGUUCUAUAGGAGGAUGUUCUUCCCCCGUUAUCGAUUUAAAUAAUUACUGGGGCUAUUGUCUUGGGAAGUUUGACCUGGUGUCGAGGUGUCGAGUCUUGACACCUCAUUACUUAUUGGUUUUGUGCCACCUCAAAUUUAUGCAUACAAUAUCGUUGAAUUGAAUGUCCUGUAUUCCUCUGAUAACAGAUGAAAUACAAUGAGAUUUUUUUUAUUA